GUUUCAGUAUUCAUAAAAUACAAGGUAAAGAUGGUAGUUCCGAUGGCAGAUGAAGCGGGUGACAAGGAUGGAAAUGUCGCUAUUAUUAGGGAGAUUUAUGACAGUGAAAAUGCCAACGAAACGUUCGAAUAUGAGCUGGAGAGAGCUUUGGAAUCGGAGUGCAGUUUGAUUGUGAUAGAACCUUCAAAAUUAGGAGAUGAAACUUCAAGGUGGAUAACUGUAGGAAACUGCCUUCACAAAACAGCAGCAUUGUCAGGCGCAGCUGCAGUUUUGGCAGGUCUCAUGUGGGGAGACAAGCUCUACAUUUGUGGUCCGCUAGGUUUCACGUCUGUAAUAACCUGUGGACUUUAUACAGUUUCUUGGCAGUUCGAUCCCUGUUGCCAGUAUCAGGUCGAAACUGAUACCAGUAAACUGCCACAUGUGGAGCUUCUCGCUGUUUUGGGGCCCUCGUCACCCACGUUUCUAGUUAGGAAAGACGACACAAGGAGGAGGAUUCUCCACAACACGAUCACCUUGACGGCUCUCGGCGUUACCGCCUGGCGAGUCUAUCAAGCCUUCAAAUGAAAAAGUAUCACACACGCUAUGGGGGUUUUUUUACAUUGAGACGAAAGGCAGGACGUGAUAGACUUCACGUGCGAUCGUAGAAACAAAUAGCGUAGCGUAUGUUGUUGAAUUAGGAAAAAUACAAUUGUAUUUUAAACGGUAGGUAAACUUGAAACUAGCCAUUGACCUCAGCGAAAUGUCUCCUUGUACAUUGAUUACUUUUCGCCUUAGCGCGUAAUGCUUUCUCUUGUCCCGCCUAAAAGCAGACACGUGCUUCUCAUUUCUUGUGAUAUCUAAAUGUAAUUUAUUUUUCAAGGAUAAUUGAAAAAGUUGCCAGUGAAUAAUUCAAACUAGCACCACGUAUGAUUGUAGAUGAAGGAACGUCCUAUCAAAUUAUUUUUUAUUUUUCCUCUUGCACACUAAAUGAGAAUGCCUUCAUUUUUAGAAAGAAGAAUCGACUUUUCAAAAAAGUCAUCAACGAGUACAAAGCUUAUUUUUACCGAAUUAUUCAGAUUGUUUUAAAUUUUAUGAUCAGUUGGAAUUUCUGAAUGCGCGAGAAAGACGUGAAGUUAGUGUAAAUUCCAUUCCGAUACUAUUUCCAUUCUAUUGAGUAGUGUUACUUAAACAUCGUUUAAAAUUAAAUGCACUACCAAGUGAAGUGAUAGAAUAACAAAUUGUUAAAUCGCCAUUAAUAUAUUCUUCAUAAAAUCAAAAUGAACUGCAUUUUAAUGAAGUAAAAAAAAGUAGAAGAAUAUGCACAAAGUUUGAAGGAAAACAUUGUAUUCUUCCUAGUUCACAGAAAAAGUCAAAAUCUUACUGUAUAAGACAAAAACGAACGGCAAGUCCCUACGUUUUGGAUACAGUUUUAAGAUAUUACUUUUUCUCAGCGCGUUGGGAUUGGACGCAAACUCAAAAACAAAUUUUAGGUUAACAAAAUGACUUAAAGCCUUGAAUAUCAUUUAACAAGAGUGAGUGCAUACAGUCAGCGCCGACAAAGAUUGUUAAAUUUUGUAUUGAUUUUUAAUUCUGGUACAAAAUGGGAAACCUUUGUCGGCUCUAGGAUGCUGUUGAUCGACAAUUUUAGCAACGGCUGUAACGAGUAAACGAUUGUUAAAGAUUGUAAAUGUAGCUGCAUACUUUCUUUUUUUUAUACUGAUUUGUUUCUGUAAUGGACCAGAGUAUUUUUCAUUUAUAAUCUACUCGCAUUGCCCUCCAAAUCUUGAAAAUGCAAUGAAUUAAUUGGUGGCUUGAGAAUUGUGUUGAAGAUUUUUGUAGAAAUUGAGUUUAUGGUCAUUCCAAUGUAAACGUCUUUUAUUGAGGUAGACGAAUUUUCUGUUGCUGGAAACCUCUUUUAAAGAUGUAGAAAAAAUGUGAUCUUGUGUAAAUAAUGUGCGCUAGCCACCAAUUUGGAAAAAGUUAAGUAAUCUCGCAUUUCCUCUGCAUUUACUAACGCCUUAAUUUUAUUUCACACCGAUGAUGAACAUUAUGUUACACGUUCUAUUGUAAAUAAUGGGAAAUUGGUGUAAGUUUAGGCAAGAAAACGUAUCGGAAAUAUGAGUGCAUUCUCGCUAGGUGUGAGUUCGUUUUCUGCGUUAUAUCUGUUCAAUUCACGAGAUAUGCACUGUCUUUGCGAAUGAUAUUACAGCCUUGAAUCUAAUCGCUUAUGGUGAUGCGUAAGCUGUAAAUAGUGUAAACAUGUUUCAUUACUUGUACCCAUUAAAAUGUCAGAUUACGGAAAUAAAGUAUAGUUUUAAAUAGUC